CAUUAGUCUCUAUCUGAUGGCGUUUAGAUACAAACGCCCAUAGAAAUUGCAAAGAUACAAAUAGAUGUAACGUGUGCUCGUUAAUUUAGUUCAGUAUCGAGAUAAGACCUAUUGUGUUAAAUGAAGCUGGUUCAAUCGCGCUCAAUGACAUCAUAUACUAAAGGAGUCGCAACUGACUUUAAUUGACAGCAGCGCAGAGAGCGACCGUCGACUGUUUCAAGCUGACCUCGCUUACGACACGACUCGCUCGCCAGACAUAAAAAUACGCUCAGUUUAAAAACAAAAUGUCAACAUUUAUCAUCGGAUUCAUUUGCGCCAUUGUUUUGGCUGUCGUGUUGAUUGCCUGGCUGGCGUACUACAUGUUCUGUAGAGAACGGCACAAGCCUGAGCAUUAUCAAUACAGCAUCGAAGAUUUACGCAUCAGAAACAUCGAGAUUGCACAAGAUCAAGACGAAGGCGUGAAGAAAAAAGUGACGGCAGGUAUUUUUUUAAUGCCGUCGCGUCAUCAUAUUGACAAUGACUAUAUCAGUAGACCUGAUUAUCCGGAAAGUCCCGCCCCGCAAUUACAACCGAAGAUGGAGAAACUGAUCGAAAUACUCAAUGAUGGACCCGUCGAUGCAGACGUCAACAAAAAUGUAAGCUUCGAUUUGUCAUCGCAGUGCCACACCAGCGACGUGUAAUUAAAACUAACCUGUUGAUUAUUUCAUAAUGCAUUAUUCAUUGUAUUAUUAAUUAGUGUCACUCGUAUGUACCCACCAAGUUUUGAAGUAAAUAUUAUUUUU